AUCAGUUCCUCCUGCCUGGCCAAUCCCCUGUCACCCUGUCCCAGCUCCCUGGCCAAUCCCCUGUCACCCUGUCCCAGCUCCCUGGCCAAUCCCCUGUCACCCUGUCCCAGCUCCCUGGCCAAUCCCCUGUCACCCUGUCCCAGCUCCCUAGCCAAUCACCUGUCACCCUGUCCCAGCUUCCUGGCGGUUCUGCGCGGCCCCUGUUCACCUCUGGCCACCAGGGAGCAACAGUCCAGUCUGCCCAGGGUAUGACACCCUCCAUGGGCCACCACCUGGUAGAUGGCUCCCAGAUCCUGACGGCCGUGCCUCACCACAGACAGCUCAACUUCAGCCCCCACACAGUCUUCAGCACCACCUCAACAGGCCAGCUCUCCCUCCGCCAGGGAACCCUGCUCUCUGGCUCCCUGCAGCUACAGUCAGGGUCGCCUACUGUCUUCCAGAUGCCAGCCCAGUUGGCGGGUGCCUACAAUCCCCAGGGGUCCCAGGGGCAGGGGGGUCCAGGCCAGCAUGCCACCCUGCUCCACAGCCCUGCUCUAGGGAGCCACAUCACCCUGAUGCACUCUGGGAUGCAGCUCACCUCAACCCACCCAGACAGUCACAUGACCUCGAUUUCCAUCCUCAACACCACCCCUCCUGCUGUAGUACAGGGCCUGCCCUUCACCCCCCAGACCUCCAGACCCCUAGGGGGUGUUACAGAUGGACAGAUCAGUGUUCAGCAGGCAUCUGUAGUGUUGCUGCCUGACAGAGCUGGCCAUGAGGAGAGGAGGGAGCAAGCGGCGUCCCCACACCUGCCUCAGUCGACAAGGCACCUUUUCCAGCAGCAUGCCUCUCUCCAACCCUCCACCGCCAGUCUCCAACCCUCCACCGCCAGUCUCCAGUCCACUUCUCCCUCUGUAAUGACCCUCCUACAGACCCCGCUGGAGGCCCCACAGGCCUUGGACCCACCUGGUAUGCUACCCAAAUACCUGCUAGACCCAGUUGGGACGUUACCCAAACACCUGCUGGACCCAGUUGGGACGUUACACAAACACCUGCUGGACCCAGUUGGGUCGUUACCCAAACACCUGCUGGACCCAGUUGGGUCGUUACCCAAACACCUGCUGGACCCAGUUGGGUCGUUACCCAAACACCUGCUGGACCCAGUUGGGUCGUUACCCAAACACCUGCUGGACCCAGUUGGGUCGUUACCCAAACACCUGCUGGACCCAGUUGGGUCGUUACCCAAACACCUGCUGGACCCAGUUGGGUCGUUACCCAAACACCUGCUGGACCCAGUUGGGUCGUUACCCAAACACCUGCUGGACCCAGUUGGGUCGUUACCCAAACACCUGCUGGACCCAGUUGGGACGUUACCCAAACACCUGCUGGACCCAGCUGGGACGUUACCCAAACACCUGCUGGACCCAGCUGGGACGUUACCCAAACACCUGCUGGACCCAGUUGGGACGUUACCCAAACACCUGCUGGACCCAGUUGGGACGUUACCCAAACACUUGCGGGACCAGACGGAGACAGGGACAAAACCAGGGGUGGAGAAGGUUCACAGCCCCACCCAGGCCUUCAUCCAUCAUCUACAACAGCAAGCACUUACCCCUCCCAAUCCCUCCCCAUCACCUGAGGUCCUGGCUGGGACUGUGUCAGUGGAGGAUCACACUGUCUCCACUGUGGCCAGUGAGAUGGAGGAGGCCCCUCCACCCAUCCAGCCAGCAGUUCUAGGACAUGCAGGAGCCCAGUCUGCGAUGCCCCUCAGCCCUUGUGUGUUGGUGGCCUAUCCAGCUUCACUACACCCAGAGACAAAGGAGACUACUCUGCUAUGCCACUCUCCUACCCUGCUAUGCCACUCUCCUACCCUGCUAUGCCACUCUCCUACCCUGCUAUGCCAAUCUCCAUCUGAGCAGGGUUUAGGGACCACACCCCCGGCUGGGCAGGGCUUAUGGACCACACCCCCGAAUGGGCAGGGCUUAUGGACCACACCCCCGAAUGGGCAGGGCUUAAUGAGCACCCCCCCGAAUGGGCAGGGCUUAGUGAGAACACUCCGGAAUGGGCAGGGCUUAGUGAGCACACCCUUUACUAGGCAGGGCUUAGGGUCCACACCACAACAAGACAGUUUAUCUUCCCCACCAAGUGGGGCCACCUCCCUGGGACUGGCUGGGUCUGGAUCUGGGUCUGGAAGUGCCGUCCCUCAAACCCAGGCUGCAGUGUUCAGAAGCCCCUCCCCUCUGCCUGUCAGCACCUCCCCCCAGCUCCAGACUGCAGUGUUCAGAAGCCCCUCCCCUCUGCCUGUCAGCACCUCCCCCAGCUCCAUACUGCAGUGUUCAGAAGCCCCUCCCCUCUGCCUGUCAGCGCCUCCCCCAGCUCCAGACUGCAGUGUUCAGAAGCCCCUCCCCUCUGCCUAUCAGCGCCUCCCCCAGCUCCAGACUGCAGUGUUCAGCAAUCCCAGCCCCUCUCCUCUACCGGUCUGUGUGCCUCAGCAGCAGCCUGACCCCCUCCUAGCGCAGCCUGACCCCCUCCUAGCGCAGCCUGACCCCUAGCGCAGCCUGACCCCCUCCUAGCGCAGCCUGACCCCUCCUAGCGCAGCCUGACCUCCUCCUAGCGCAGCCUGACCCCUCCUAGCGCAGCCUGACCGCCUCCUAGCGCAGUCUGACCUCCUCCUAGUGCAGCCUGACCCCCUCCUAGUGCAGCCUGACCCCCUCCUAGCGCAGCCUGAACCCCUCCUAGUGCAGCCUGACCCCCUCCUAGUGCAGCCUGACCCCCUCCUAGUGACUCCCAGCUCCUAUGGAGAUCAGGCUAACCAGCAACACACAAAGCAAAGCAGUGAGUCUGAUCACACAGAGUUUGCAACCCAAAUGGCACCCUAUUCCCUAUACAGUGUCCUACUUUUGACCAGAGUCCUAUGGGAAUAGGGUGCCAUCAGGGAUGCACACAGAGUAUAAAUACAAAUCAUCAUGCAACAAUUCUAACAGUCCCUUUCACAGUCUUCCUAACCCACUCCUUUCACUCUGUCUCCCUGCCUCACACACAUCAUCACCACCACCAUCAUCACCACCACUACCAACACCAUC